AUGACAGCUCAGAAUAUUCCUGAGGAAGAACUAUCCCGUAAAGUGGACAUAGAAGGAUUUACAAGGGAGGAUCCUUGUUUCUUUCCUUUAGGUAAUGGUUGGGACUAUGAGAACCAAGAGGAACAUCUGAGACAAAUGGCUUUAACUCAAGAUAAGUCAGGGGCUCAGGAAGUCGUCUGUGAAUAUCAUAGAUUCAGGGCACAUCUAAGUACAGGUCCAGAUCUUCUGCCAUCUCAAAGAGUCUCCACAGCCAACGGGUUCCCUGUACAGAACUCAGAUGUAGGUUUGGAUUGUAACCAAGUCUGUGCAACGAAGAGAGCUGGUGAAAGGGAUGCUGGUGGAAAACCCUUCAGUCAGUCUGUUGACAUCAUUCCGUUUGGAAGAAACCAAGCGAGAGAGAAAAUCUAUAAACACCCUGAAAGAGUUCCAUCUUUUAACCUUUUUAACCCCCUUGGUGAACAAAAAGUAAUGAAAAGAGGAAAGAAACUCUAUGAAAGGAAGGACUUUGGUGACAUCUUUACCUUAAGUUCAUCUUUUAAUGAAAACAGGAAUCACCCUGGAGAAAAAUUGUAUAAAUGUGCUGAAUGUGGCAAAUGCUUCAAACGGAACUCCUCUCUUGUUUUGCAUCACCGAACUCACACUGGAGAGAAACCUUAUACUUGCAGUGAGUGUGGGAAAUCCUUCUCUAAGAAUUACAACCUGAUUGUUCAUCAAAGGAUCCAUACAGGAGAGAAGCCCUACAAGUGUAAUAAAUGUGGGAAAGCCUUCAGUGAUGGUUCAGCUCUGACACAGCAUCAGAGAAUUCACACUGGGGAGAAACCUUAUGAAUGUCUAGAAUGUGGGAAAACUUUCAAUCGAAAUUCAUCCCUUAUUUUACAUCAAAGAACUCACACAGGGGAAAAACCAUAUAGAUGUAAUGAGUGUGGGAAACCCUUUACUGAUAUUUCCCACCUCACCGUGCAUCUCAGAAUCCAUACAGGGGAGAAGCCUUAUGAAUGUAGCAAAUGCGGAAAGGCCUUCCGAGAUGGUUCAUACCUCACUCAGCACGAGAGGACUCACACUGGAGAGAAACCUUUCGAAUGUGCAGAGUGUGGGAAAUCCUUCAAUCGCAACUCUCAUCUCAUUGUGCAUCAGAAAAUCCAUUCUGGGGAGAAGCCGUAUGAAUGUAAAGAAUGUGGGAAAACAUUCAUUGAGAGUGCUUACCUCAUCAGACACCAGAGGAUUCAUACUGGUGAGAAGCCCUAUGGUUGCAACCAGUGUCAGAAAUUGUUCAGGAACAUUGCUGGUCUUAUCCGUCACCAGAGGACUCAUACUGGUGAGAAGCCCUAUGAGUGUAAUCAGUGCGGCAAAGCUUUCCGAGACAGCUCCUGCCUGACCAAGCAUCAGAGGAUUCACACUAAGGAGACCCCUUACCAGUGUUCAGAAUGUGGAAAAUCUUUCAAGCAGAACUCCCACUUGGCAGUGCACCAGAGACUCCACAGCAGGGAGGCUCUCAGCCAGUGUCCUGAGUGUGGGAAAAUGUUCAGAAGGAGCUCAUCCCUCAUCCGACAUCAAAGAACACACCCUGGAGAGAAGACCAUAGAAAUAUAA